GUAGGAGUAGUUUUUUUCCUAUCUUUCUCUAUUUCCUCUUCAUUCAAGCAAAAGAUUCUAUGCAGUUGUUAUAGUUUCAAUUCUUCAUAUCAUAUAAACAACGCCAAGGAAUACGAUUCAUGGGUUUGAUUCCCAAAUGGGAUUCUAAAAAAUCAUGAAAAAACCAUACUUUUUGUCGUCAAACUUCUCCCCAGACCAGUUGGCUUUGUGUUUGAAUAAAUGCCUCAAAGGAAAAGCUUUGAGACAAGGCAAGCAGAUUCAUGGGGUGUUGUUAGGAACUGGAAUGAACAUGAAUUUGUUGUCUUUGAAUUCAAAGCUUGUGGGUAUGUAUGCAAGUUGCGGAGAAAUGAGGUAUGCAAAGAAUGUGUUUGACAAAAUUCCUAAGCCAAAUGUUUUUGCUUUGAAUUGGUUGGUUUUUGCUUCUGCUUUUAAUGGGAGUUAUAAAGAAGCAAUUGGGUAUUUUUCUUUGAUGAAAGAAUUGGGGAUUACUGGUAAUAAGUUCUCUUUUUCGAUUGUGCUUAAAGCUUGUGUUGGUUUGAUGGAGUUGAAUAAGGGAAGAGAAGUUCAUUCUAUGGUUUACAAAAUGGGUUUUGAAAAUGAUGUUUCUGUUGGGAAUGCUAUGAUUGAUAUGUAUUGUAAAUGUGGGAGUUUGUGUAAUGCUCGUAAUGUGUUUGAUAAAAUGAUUGAAAGAGAUGUUCCUUGUUGGACAUCAAUGAUUUGUGGUUAUUUCAAUGGUGGGAAGAGUGAGCUUGCUCUUGAUUUGUUUGAGGGGAUGAAGUUGGAAGGAUUGGAGCCGAAUGAGUUCACUUGGAAUGCAAUGAUUGUCGGGUUCGCUCGGUGUGGAGAUAUCCAUAAAGUCACUGAGCUCUUUUCUAGUAUGAGAAGAAGAAGAGGGCAUGUUCCUGACUUGGUUACUUGGAAUGCAAUCAUUUCAGGUUUUGUUCAAAGCCAACAUGUCGGUGAAGCUUUAGAAAUGUUCCGAAACAUGAUAGUGUCGGGGAUUAAACCUAAUCAAGUCACCAUCACGGGAUUACUCCCCGUGUGUGGAUUGACGGGUUCAGUUCAAACAGGGCUGGAAAUUCAUGGAUUGAUUUACAGAAUGGGAGUUGAUAUAAACACUUAUGUCGGAUGUGCUCUUGUUGACAUGUACUCAAAAUGUGGUGGCAUCAAGAAUGCUCGAAGUGUAUUCGACAGUGUUCAUAACAAAAAUAUUGCACUGUGGAAUGUAAUGAUCGGUUGCUACGGGAAACACGGUAUGGUUGAUUUGUCAUUAGAGCUUUUCGAGAGAAUGGAAGAAGAAGGAAUGCAAGUAAAUGAAGUGACUUUGGUUUGUGUUCUGUCUGCGUGCGGUCAUAGCGGUUUAGUUGAAAAGGGUUUAGAGAUUUUCAGCUCAAUGAAAGCGAGAUAUGGUGUCGAGGCGAGUAAAGAGCAUUAUGCUUGCGUCGUUGAUAUGUUGUGCCGGUCAGGGAAGAUGGAAGAAGCUUAUGAAAUUGUUAAGGGAAUGCCAAUGGUUAUAACAGAGUCAAUUGCUAUAGCUUUAUUUAGUGGUUGUAAAAUCCAUGGAAGAAGAGAUUUGGCUAAAGUAAUGGCUGAAGAUCUGUUGAAAUUAGAGUUGAAAAGACCUGGAGCUUUUGUAACCUUAUCGAAUAUUUAUGCUGCUCAUGGAGAGUGGGAAGAGGUACAGAGUUUAAGAAAGGUUAUGAAGGAGAAACAUGUUCAUAAAAGCCCUGGUUUUAGCUGGCUUGAGAAAAGAGAUUGAGUUUCACCCCGGGGUUUUACUCGGGGUGAUAACCACAUUGACCAAGAACUGCUCGGUGAUUCUACCGAGCGAAAAUUCACCGAGCAGCAUACAUUUGAUUUUAUUGGAGAAGGUUAAGAUUUCACCAGUUUUGUAAAUUUGGAUUGGAGCAAUUCCAAUAUAAUCAGAAUUUUGAUACUCACUGACAAUGACAAGAACAACACAUUUUAGCUUCUUAAUCAAA